AUGCGACUCUCUAAAACUCUCGCCGACAUGGACAUGGCUGACUACAGUGCUGCCCUGGACCCAGCCUACACCACCCUGGAGUUUGAAAAUGUGCAGGUGUUGACCAUGGGCAAUGACACAUCCCCAUCUGAAGGCGCCAACCUCAAUUCAUCCAACAGCCUGGGUGUCAGUGCCCUGUGUGCAAUCUGUGGCGACCGGGCCACUGGCAAACACUACGGAGCCUCAAGCUGUGACGGCUGCAAGGGAUUCUUCAGGAGGAGCGUGAGGAAGAACCACAUGUACUCCUGCAGGUUUAGCCGGCAAUGCGUAGUGGACAAAGAUAAGAGAAACCAGUGUCGUUACUGCAGGCUCAAGAAGUGCUUCCGGGCUGGUAUGAAGAAGGAAGCUGUCCAAAAUGAGCGGGACCGAAUCAGCACAAGGAGGUCAAGCUAUGAGGACAGCAGCCUGCCCUCCAUUAACGCGCUCCUGCAGGCAGAGGUCCUGUCCCAGCAGAUCACCUCUCCCAUCUCUGGGAUCAAUGGCGACAUUCGGGCCAAGAAGAUUGCCAACAUCACAGACGUGUGUGAGUCCAUGAAAGAGCAGCUGCUGGUUCUGGUCGAGUGGGCCAAGUACAUCCCGGCCUUCUGCGAGCUUCUUCUAGAUGACCAGGUGGCGCUGCUGAGAGCCCAUGCCGGUGAGCACCUGCUGCUUGGAGCCACCAAGAGGUCCAUGGUGUUCAAGGAUGUGCUGCUCCUAGGCAAUGACUACAUUGUCCCUCGGCACUGUCCGGAGCUAGCGGAGAUGAGCCGUGUAUCUAUCCGCAUCCUCGACGAGCUGGUCCUGCCAUUCCAGGAGCUGCAGAUCGAUGACAACGAAUAUGCCUGCCUCAAAGCCAUCAUCUUCUUUGACCCAGAUGCCAAGGGGUUGAGUGACCCAGGCAAGAUCAAGCGGCUGCGGUCGCAGGUGCAGGUGAGCCUGGAAGAUUACAUCAACGACCGGCAGUAUGACUCUCGGGGCCGUUUUGGAGAGCUGCUACUGCUGCUGCCCACUCUGCAGAGCAUCACCUGGCAGAUGAUCGAGCAGAUCCAGUUCAUCAAGCUCUUCGGCAUGGCCAAGAUCGACAACCUGUUGCAGGAGAUGCUGCUUGGAGGGUCUGCCAGUGAUGCGCCCCACGCCCACCACCCCCUGCACCCUCACUUGAUGCAAGAACACAUGGGCACCAAUGUCAUAGUUGCCAACACGAUGCCCUCUCACCUCAGCAAUGGACAGAUGUGUGAGUGGCCCCGACCCAGGGGGCAGGCAGCCACCCCUGAGACUCCACAGCCAUCACCACCAAGUGGCUCCGGAUCUGAAUCCUACAAGCUCCUGCCAGGAGCUGUCACCACCAUCGUCAAGCCCCCCUCCGCCAUUCCCCAGCCAACGAUCACCAAGCAAGAAGCCAUCUAGCAAGCCUGUGGAGGUCAGGGGUUCUGCCAGCUCACACCCUCAGAGAGCGCCUGGGUGUAACUUAUCACAGCAAAGAAGAUGUGACAAGAGAGACCAGUCCCAGAGCAGCUACGGAAAGGGUGCGAGGCCCAAAACACAUGCGCUGAGGGUCGCAUGCAAUGCCACCCCUGACCCCGAAUCUGGAGGGUGGGGCUUUGCUCGAGGAGACCCCAGCGAGGAAUGUCUUCCACUGCCUGGACUCCUCUCAAGUUGAAGCCACUGCCUUCAUCUUCCUCCAUAUCUUCUUCCCUCAACUUCUUCACCCCUGAAAGACAACUGUCUACAGAUGUUGCAGGACCUUGUUUAAAAACAACUCCCUUCUCUCCCAGCUGGGGCCUCUUCCUUCUUGGUGCUGGUCAGGGGGCCUGGAAACAAACCUGCUGAGGCUGGGUCAGUUUGCCUUACAGUAUUCCUCUCCGGCUGUGCCGACCUCAGGUGACCUGCUACCUAUCGCUACCUUCCUCUGCUAUCUGACUUCUCCAAAGUCAUCUCCCUGGAGGCCGAAGAAGCCAUGGCAACCAUUUCCCCAUCCUGAGAAUCUGAGAAUCUUCUGUAAGCACUGACCUGGAUGAGGCAGAGGGUAGGAAUCACCAUUCCUCCUCUGCCAACAUCACUAUGAUUCUUG